GAGGCGGAGGAGGCUGACACGAAAAAUGGUGGCCUUCUCUUUCGUGGUGCGAUCUAGGGUUUCGGCUCGGACGAUUUUGAUGGCGCUGAGGCCUUCGAAGAAGCAAAUUACCGAAUCGGAGGCAUCUCCAUCGAUGCGGCAGGUCGCGUCGUUGAGGAGGCGCAGUUCUUGCACUCCAAGAUUACCGGUGAGUUCGCAUUGCUUGGUGUCGAUGCUGCCUCUCCACAGCGCGAUUGCCUCCGCUCGUCUGCGUUCGGUUCUCGCCGCGGAGUCCCAACGAUGGGGAUUAGUUCCACAAGGCAUCUCAAUGCCUUUAUGACAGCAACUAGCGGUUAUCUGCCUGGCAUGUAAAGGCUUCCAGCAGGUGCGAGGUACAUGACCUGUUGUGGUCUUCUGUGCAAUUGAGAGAAAUUCAGAUACCAUAAAACACAACCUACUGAAAAAUUGUUAUAUUUCUUCUUGUAUUUUUACUUCUGUUGAUUUAAUUUUUCCGUUUGCCAGCUCUGAGAACAUUUUAGAUAAUGACCAUGUAGAACUGGUCUGCUGGAUUUCAUGAAAUGAAUAGCAGCUGAAAGAAUUUGGUCA